AUGAAUCUUGAGACCAACGCGUCUUCUGUAGUGUUGUACCUAAGCAUGAUCUCGACACAAAGUUCACGGAUGGAGAAUAACUCUGAGAGAAAGCUGCGUGAAAACACAGUUUCGGCUUUAAUCUUCACGUUAAGUCAGUUAACGAAUGAAUUCCGUACACGCCAGUCAAAGUAUUUGAAGGACAUAAAGAAUCGAACGAGCAAUGUCGACAACUUCCUGGUCACCACGGGGCAGUCCGAUGAUUUGCAGUGGGGUGAACUUGUUGACGUAACGCCGUCGCGAGAGUAUACCAUGGAUCAAAUUCAGCAGAUGAUGAUGAAUGAACAAGCUGUAAAAGAGCGAGAAAAGGAGGUUCUGGUGGUUAAUUCAUCCAUUCGAGAACUGAAUACACUCUUCAAGGAUUUGUCAACAAUGGUCGUAGACCAGGGCACUAUUCUUGACCGUACAACUCACGAAUUCGUCUACGGUGCUAUAGCUGAACUUGUGGACAACUCUCGAGAUGCUAUGGCAAACAAUUUACAUAUCGACUACACUCCAAAUGAAGAAUACGGUGGUAUGUUAUCUAUACUCGAUGACGGAUGCGGUAUGGAUAGAAAAGAGGCUAUUUCUGUGGUAUCGUUUGGUCAUUCCCUCAAAAGGAUGGAGCCGGGUAUGAUUGGACAAUACGGAAAUGGAUUAAAAUCCGGUGCGAUGCGUAUUGCCAAAGAUUUCAUCAUGUUUACGAAGAAAGAUGGGUUGCUGACGUGUUUGUUGUUAUCAAGAACGUUUCAUGAAAUGUACUCAUUGAAGGAGGUUUUCGUACCAGUCGCGUCAUUCACAUUGGAAGGCGGUACACGUGCUAUGUACUGUGAUUCACAAACCCAGGCGAAGAUGCACUCUCAAUCGAUGGAUGUGAUCUACAAUUACACGCCUUUUGAUUCUCAGGACGCACUUUUUGAACAGUUUGAACGUAUUAGUGGCCAAUCAGGUACCCUAAUCGUGCUGUUCAACAUGAGACGUAUCGAAACUGGUGAUUUCGAACUAAACUUUGAUACGCCAUAUGAUGUACGACUGUCGAAUUUUGAGGAGCAAAGGGAGGAGGAGCGCAACUCCUUGAGAGCCUACUUGUCUGUACUUUAUCUCAACCCGCGUAUGAAGGUCUAUCUUCGUGGCAAGAAAGUGUUAACAAAGAGGAUCUUGAGUACUUUAUUAUACCCGUAUAGAUACAAUUAUACAGCGAAAAAUCUGAAAGCAGUGCCUACAAAGGAAUUCGAGAGAUCGCGACACAAAAAGGCGAAAGCUAACUGUAAUUUUGGAUUUUGCACAGUGAAAGAAAUGCUUCGGUUGUCUUCGUCAGCUCUUGGCGAAUUUGAAGCAAAGCACCGUGGUCAGAAUAUCCACGCUAAUAAGACCCUUCGAAUAGAGCAGCGGCUGCUUGCAAAGGCUCGAGCCGAUAUGGAAGCGAAGAAAGAACAAGCUGAGAAGCGUGCAUCAUUGGCGCUGAAGGCUAAAAAUAACCCUAUUCCAUUGACGUUCUACUUUGGGCUCAACAUCCAUCAUAGGAACCGAUACGGUUGCAUGUUAUAUAACAACGGCAGAUUGAUUGAAAUGUAUGUGAAAGCAGCAGUACAAAAGGAAAAGAAUGAUUUGAUGAUGAAAUGUCUUGGUGUUGUUGGAGUGGUAGACGUGCCGUACUCCAUUUUGGAACCAACACACAAUAAGCAGAGUUUCGAAAAUAAAAGAGAAUAUCUUUCUUUGCUUCGCGCUAUGAAUGACCACAUGGAACAAUAUUGGAAGGACAUCAAUCUGGCCGGCAGUGAUGGUCCAAGCGGCAUCAAAUCAUUUUGGAAGAACUUUGGUUACGAAAACUCGGACUGGAGUUCGGAAUGCACAAAUCUGGCAGAGCAUCGCAAGAAACGGUUCCUGAGGAUUGGUCACACUAUACAGUGCGAUAAAAUGCCCUGA